ACUAACCCGAACUAGUAUAGUACUUGUCUGAAAGGAAAAUACAAUUGGGGAUUAUUACGCCAUAAUUGGUGGAGAAUAUGUCCAAUAAAUUGAGAAAAAAAAAUAUGAUUCUGUAUUUGCCUAUAUACAAAAGCCAAAAAAUCAAAAAGUCAACAUUGAUACGAAGGAAGAAAAAAAAAAGAUAUACUAUUCUAGAUCUGUCCGUCCUCUGAACUUAAAUAUCAACUUCAUCUCCCAUCACCAUCAAUCACUCUUUCUGACUGCUUUCAUCUGCCAUCCCAGAGUUUCCAUGUCCUUCCUCAUAAAUACUUUCUCCAAUCUAUUCUAAAGUCUAAUCAUUCAUCUCUCCCUAGAGAAGAAGAAUAACAUUCAAGAAAUGAGAAAAGACCAUAUGUUAACAUUGUUACUAGGAGUUUCUUUAUCAGCAUUACUGAUAGUAACCUUCUUUAUCUUCUUCUUCAGAAGAAGACAACAAUCAUCCACCGAACCAGAUCAAUACGACGUCGAGUCACUCGACCAUAAGGUUCAUAACAAACAUGUCUCUUCCUCGGAGACAGAGGAGCUCGUGACGUUUCAAGGAGGAGAAGAUCUAACGAUCUGCGAUAUACUCGAUGCUCCGGGAGAAGUCAUCGGGAAGUCAAGCUACGGGACUCUCUACAAGGCGUCGCUGCAACGCAGCGGGAAAGUUAGAGUUCUCAGGUUUCUCCGACCGGUUUGUACAGUGAGAUGUGAUGCUAAGGAGUAUAGUGACGUCAUCGAGACGCUUGGGUUUGUUCGACAUGAGAACUUGGUUCCUCUGUUGGGUUUCUACGGUGGAAACAGAGGAGAGAAGCUUAUGGUUCAUCCUUUCUUCUCUUCCGGGAAUCUCUCCGACUUCAUCAAAAGUGGAGGUGAAGAAUCUAUAAAAUGGAGCAACAUUUUAAGCAUCACAACUGGAAUAUCCGAAGCUCUUGAUCACCUUCACACAGGAACGCAGAAACCAAUCGUCCACGGCAAUUUAAAAUCCAAGAACGUUUUUCUAAACUCGAAUUUCGAGCCUCGAAUCUCUGAUUACGGUUUGCAUCUGCUCUUAAACCAAACAGCAGGACAAGAGAUUCUUGAUGUCUCAGCAGCUGAGGGGUACAAAGCACCUGAGUUGGUAAAGAUGAAAGAAGCGAGCAAAGAGAGUGAUGUGUAUAGUCUCGGUGUGAUCAUGCUUGAGCUAGUCUCUAGUAAAGAAGCUAUAAACAAAGGGGAUGAUCAUAAGUUGUACCGUCCUGAGAUUCUCGCGAGUAAUGGUUGUGAGGAUCAGAGUGAAGAAGGUUUACUCAAAUACUUUCAGCUCGCAAUUUCUUGUUGCUCUCCUUCGCCUUCUCUUAGACCAAACACGAAGCAGGUCUUGAGCAAACUCCAAGACAUCUAGUUUCUUCU